UUCCCACUCUGUGCCUUGAGGGAUGAGGAGGAGCCUCUCCUCCAUUGGCUCUGCUGCACUGUUCCGCCGCCUAAAAAAUCCCGCGUUGAACGCGCGACAGGAGGAAGAAGAGGAGGAGAGGAGGCUUUGCAAUGAGUAAGCGUCGGUUAUCAGCACACUGCAAGCUGGGAAUGCAGCAGAACAUUGGAAAGCAACAGAAAUCACCAAAGAAAUAUGAAGAUGAUGUUACACUCUGCAAAGGAGUGCCCAGUCAACACUCUUUAUGCCAUACCUUCAGUGAUGCAGCUGAGAUCAAAGAUUUCCGUAAGAGGUUACUCACCUGGUACAAUAAAUGUAAACGAGACCUUCCCUGGAGGAAAAUGGCUACAAGUGAAGCAGAUGCUGACAGACGAGCCUAUGCUGUGUGGGUAUCAGAGAUCAUGCUCCAGCAGACCCAAGUGGCUUCUGUGAUCAGCUACUACAAUCGCUGGAUGCAGAAAUGGCCAACUUUGCAGGAGCUCGCCGAGGCAUCACUAGAGGAGGUGAACGAGCUAUGGGCUGGGCUUGGCUACUAUUCCCGAGGGAAGCGGCUCCAGGAAGGUGCGUGUAAGGUGGUGUCACAGAUGGCAGGUCAUAUGCCCAGGACAGCAGAGGAACUGCAAAAGUUGUUGCCAGGAGUAGGGAAGUACACUGCAGGAGCUAUAGCAUCCAUCGCAUUUGGCCAGGUUACAGGUGUGGUGGAUGGGAACGUAAUUCGAGUCUUGUGCCGUGCACGAACCAUUGGUGCUGACCCCACAAGUACAGCUGUUGCUGACAGACUUUGGGCUUUAGCACACACUCUGGUGGAUCCAGCUCAUCCAGGUGAUUUUAAUCAAGCAGUGAUGGAAUUGGGAGCAACUGUGUGUACCCCCAAAACACCAUUAUGCAUUGAGUGUCCAGUGAAGCAGCACUGCAGAGCUUAUCAUAGAGCGGAGAAGGAUUUGAAAGUUUCUGCCGAAAGACUGCUAGGAAAACCUGCCUCAAAGUACUCCCAGUUGACAGAUGUGGAAGAAUGUGCCAACACCACAGGGAGUUGCUCCCUCUGCCUACCUCCUUCAGAGCCAUGGGAUCCCAGUCUUGGUGUAGCCAAUUUCCCUAGAAAGACUACUAAGAAGAAGCCUAGAAUAGAACACACAGCCACAUGUGUGCUGCAACGGAGAUGCAUUGGUGGGGAACCAGAGUACCUUAUUGUGCAGAGACCCAGCUCAGGUCUGUUGGCAGGGCUGUGGGAGUUUCCUAGCCUCCUACUUGAGCCAGGGCAAGAGAAGCAACCAAAAUCAGUGCUAGCAGAUCACCUCCAGACUUGGGUUGGCAGCGACAUGGCGGUGGGGCAUCUGCAGCAUGUUGGGGAGGUCCUCCAUAUUUUCUCCCAUAUCCGCCAAACAUAUGUGAUCUAUUUCUUGAACCUGAAUAAAGAUGAGAGAAACUGGGACAGGGAGGUGGAGCUGCCAGCAUCCCGAUGGGUGACCAAAACAGAAUUUGAGAGUUCAGCCAUCUCAACAGCCAUGAAAAAGAUCUUGAAAGCCUAUGAAGCAUGGAGCUCUAAAAUCAGUUCUGACAAGGUUGUUAAGCGGAAACGAGACUUAAAAUCUGAAGAACGCAGUUCUUGUAAAAGGCAGCUUUCUCUGGAUUCCUUCUUUGCAACAGAUCCCAAAAACUGAUGUAGUCUCUUUGCUGCACCUGAAUUUAAAUGAGGAAUUAUAUAGGUACAUACCUCGCACCCAACAAUCUUGCAUUGUACUUGAAAACACUGAUGGUCUCUCCCCAAGGUGAUUAUCACUUCAUGACCAGAUUCCAUCUGGGACAGCUCUGCCUGAGAUCCAUUUCCUUGCUUAUUGUGGACAGUGCAAAACUGUGGAGUAUUAUUGUUUCUCUUGCAUUUUCGAUGUGUCUUUUAGCUUGAGAUAUAAAGGGUUAAAUGUUCAGCAAAGGUGCAGAGUACAGGGGCAAACAACAGCUGGCUGCAGCAAACACAUCAUGAGAGAGCUUUAACAUUGUGGUUUCCCACAUGCACAGUACAAGCAGAUAAGGCUGUUCCCAGGAAGACAGUUUGUACUAGCUUACAUAUCUGAAUCAGGGACUUAGUGCUAUACUAAUUACCACCUUUUUAUAGUAAAUUAAUGAUGACCUGUUUUAACUUUAUUUUCUCUAAUAAAUUUUUAAACCGCUUGUAUCAAGAUAUUGUUAAAGACAGUAAAGCUGAUUGUGUUAGCCUUUUUAAACGACUGAAAAGUAAAUUUGUCUCCAUGAUUCCUAAAGUGAGGUCCAGUUUAUUGAUGGCAGUUGUACAAUCAUGGUGCUGGGAAGAAAUCAAGAGGGAUUUAGUCAUAGCUAUGGCCAAAGCUCCAUUAAAAACAGAGACACACCUGGAAAUAAGAUGUCUGUUCAUAACACAGGAAUAUUGUGCAGUCUGCAAAUAUUCACAAAUGCAAAUAUGUGUCACCUAACAUUUGCAUACAUAAACAUUUACUGCUUUUUAAAAAAUAACAUCAUCUUGCCCAUUGACCCAAGUAGGUGGAUUGCUGAAGUACUCCAUCUAAAGUAAUUCCAAAAACAUAUUACCGUUUGGGAGCUGUCAAUUGGUCCUCGGUCAGGUGCAGGUAAACUGCAAUUAUCAGCUCCCCAAGUAGAAGAAAUAACAAGCU